AAAAGCACACAGAAUUUAUUGAUUCAGCUUCAGCUUCCUGGUUUGUAAAAGACCAGAUUAAAACCCAGGGAGAGAGGAGGAGGCACUAACCCAGCCCCUACCUUUCUGCAAUAAAACAAAGUUUUGAAACUUGAGUUAAAAAAAAAAAAAAAACUGGAGAGAGACACGGAGGAGAGAAUCACAAGAGACAAAGAGGCAGAGCGUGAGAGAGACAGGAGUGUGAUUGCUGGGGCAGAACUUGAACAAGCUUGUCUCUUCAAUAAAGACUGCAAUUUGAACUGAAAGAGAAAGAGGAGUACUGUUGUACAAGAUACAUAGUUGAAACAGAAGUGUAAAAGGAAGAGAGGGAGUGUAAGAAACUCAGAGAAGAUGAGUGUGAAUCUGAGUGGAUAUUAUAAGCUGGUCUCACAGGAGAACAUGGAUGCUUAUCUCAAAGCACUCGGCAUCAAUAUCGCCCUGCGGAAAAUCGUGUGUCUGCUCAGCCCAGACAAGGAGAUCGUACAGAAUGGGGAUCACAUGACCAUUCGGACCCUCACCACCUUCCGCAACUACGUGAUGGAGUUCAGGCUGGGGGCGGUGUUCCGCGAGGACCUGGGUGCAGUUGAUGGGCGCACGUGCAUGACAACGGUGAACUGGGAAGGAGACAAACUGGUUUGUGUUCAGAAUGGAGAGAAGGCUAAUCGAGGCUGGAAACACUGGUUAGAGGGGGAAACUCUACACCUGGAGAUGACGGUAGAAGAUGUCAUCUGCAGACAAGUUUUCAAGAAAACAAAAUGAGUGUUUGAAUAGUGACUUAAUGCAGAUAUAGGAGAGAGAAACGUUUGCAAUAAAGGAAGACUUCCAUCAGCAAGAACAACUUUAACAAGGGUGUGAGUAGAGGGGCAAAGCAGGAAACACACUACAAUACUGCCCCCACCCAGCCUCUCUGUGUGCAGGGCAAAUACCUGGGAUCUAAUAAUAAUAAUAAUAAUAAUAAUAAAUAAUAAUAAUAAUAAUAAUAAUAAUCACUUUAUACUCAGCAAUACUUAAUCUCUAAAAAGUAACUUUCUCAAAUAUAAGUAGUUCGAAUCUUCACAUUUUCUUUUAAUCAUGGUACUGUAAUCUAAGUUUCUGAAUCUCACAUGAGAAUUCCCAUGUGAGAAGUGUAGUGAUAAUACCACAAGUGAUAAUACCAUAUUAAAUAUCAGCAUUGUUUAGAUGAUAUAAAGUGGCCCAAAGUGUAUUUCUUUUAAUAUUGUAAAUGCAUGACUUGAUAAAAGUGCGUUUUAUUUUUAACACAACUAUAUAAACAUUUCCAGGUGUAUGUAACUUCUUAACAAAUAAACACAAACUUAUCAUUUUUAACAAAAUACAUGUGUCUGUGUGUUUGAAGAGGGAUAAUGAUCUAUUCAGGGAUACCCCAAUUUCGGAAAAUAAUCGAAAUAACUUUUACUCUAUUUGUGAGUGUUAUUUAGGUCACAGGCAAGCUGGAUAUCUGAUAACAUUGAACACCACCUAGCAAAGCAUUUAAACUAGGAACUGGG